CGCCGUGUCCGAGCUCGAGCCGCGCCGUAGCCGCCGGGGUGAGUGCCGGGGUCUCUCCCGACGCCGUCCGGUGGGUGGCGGCCGCGUAGCCCCCUCCCCGAGCGCAACCCCCCGAGCGCGGGGUCUUCCGCGCAGCGAAACCGCGCCCCGGCGCCGGGCGGCCCCGCCGCAUCCCCGGAGCAGCAGCAGCCCUCACCAGGUCCCACGAUGAUGUUUCUCUUGAGGGGAGGCCAAUUUCUGCAGAACACUUGCGGCAGCAUUUCCCAUCACAGAUCCCUGAAGUCUCAUCAAAGGAAAAAGUGGGUUUCCCCGUGACUAGCAAAGUCCCUUGAUGAGAUUGGGAAUAGCUGUGCUCUGCAGCAUCCAUCUGCAUGCAGAGGUCUUUUCACAGAGGAUAUUCAGCGCUGGUAAUAAACGGAUUUGUGGAUUUGUGGAUUUGCAUGGGGUAAAAAAUGGAGGCAGAAAUAAACUUCUGGAACUGAAUCUCGGUCCGGGAACGAUGGCUUCUGAGCUGCAUCCACAUGCUUUCAAUAUCUCCCCAGUAGAGAAUAGGAGAUUGUGCAUAAAUGGAACACCAUGGAUUUGGCAUCUCCUAGAAGAAUGUGUCGAGGACGUGUGGGAGUAUUGGAGCGUUGUCAUAGGACUGAUUUCCAUUGUCUGCUUUCUGUUUGCUGCAAUACCUCAAAUUUACAUUGCUGCUCGGAACGGGAGAGUGGAUCAAGCACUGUCGUCAGGCUUUCUGCUGUGUUGGAUAGCUGGAGAUCUUGCAAAUGUCAUAGGCUGCUAUUUAACAAAUCAACUACCAAUCCAGAUUGUCACUGCCAUUUUUUAUGUGAGCAUGGAUAUAAUCAUGACUUCACAAUUUGUCUACUAUAAGCUCAAAAACCAGAAGAUGACAAAAUGCAGCAAAGGUCUGAGGAAUUUCUGUGUGACCUGGAUCAUGGUGUGUAUAGCACUGUGUGUUAUUGUCCUCUGCCAGCUGUUACUAAGAAACCACAACCAGAGUACAGUAAUCAACAGGAGUAAUAACUCUCUUGAUAUGAUUGAAAUGUCAGGCUUCAUUUGUGGCUAUAUGUCCUGUGUGUUUUACUUGGGAAGUAGAUUUCCUCAGCUGUAUAAAAACUUCCGACGAAGAUCAACAGAAGGCACUUCGUAUCUGCUGUUUGCAUUAGCCAUGAUGGGAAACUCUACAUAUGGACUGAGCCUUGUCUUAAAGAUGCCAGCUGCCAAAUCCUUCCAGGCCCUCUACUUUUUACACCAUCUUCCGUGGCUCAUUGGGAGCUUUGGAGUUUUGUUUCUAGACCUUUUUGUGAGUCUGCAGUUCCUCCUGUACCGUCAGCGCCAGGAGGAUCGACCUGACUCAGUGGUGCUGGAGGUGGAGCCGCUGCUGCUGCACGAGGAGGCUGCCUAGAGUGGGGCUGGAUUCUGCUCCUGCUGGCCUUGGCUUCUGCUCUGGGGGAGCUUUAACAAGCAGUUAGGGACCAAAUUUACAACUUGUUAUUUAUUUUGCCAUUAAUUAACCAUUACAAAUGACACUCUGGUAAUAAAUAUUUCCUACUUACUGUGGUAUUUCAUGACAGGUUGUUUCUCACCCCCCUGAUUUUAGCUGAUUCUCCCCAAUGUGUGAUAAAGUCACAGCAAUAGGUGCUGUGGAAGUAUUUCUUUGACAUCAUGAUGCAAUGUGCAUCAUGGAACACCUAUUUGCAGAUGACCACGUGUGGCUGGUUUAAUGAGGCUGAGAUACCUCUGUGCCCUGAACCCAGCCUGCAGUUACAGAUUGCUCCCUGGAUCGUAUGAUAAGGUCUGGCUCUUUUUUCCUCAUACUCAAAAAGACACCCUGUAAUUAAGUAACUUCAGCACAGGGCAUGUGUUGUUGGUACAAAAGCAGAAUCCUGGUGUGAGUUGGUGGGAGCCUCACGUGUGUGGCUCAUUGCAGAGUAUCACUGUACAUUCAAGACUUAAAGCAAUUCUGCAUCAAUACCUCUGUGUUCCAAGGAUUGUAAUUACUGUAUGGCAUCACUACCCCUCAGAAUGUUUCUGUAGAACACACAUUUUCUUUGCAAGCUUCUGCUGUAAGGACCACAGAGAAAAAGCAAAGAUGAGAGGCUGAGAGUGUUCCUCCUAACUGCAAGUGUUCUGCAACACUCUCGUGUCUGAAGAAAACUUUCAUCAAAUUAUC